AUGGAUCGGAAAUGGAUGUUUGCUAAUCAAACCUCAAGAGAAUACGAAGAUGGAGUGAAAGAGUUUGUUAGAUUUGCUGUUGCUCAUGCAAAAGACACUAGUAAAAUCGCAUGUCCUUGCUUAGAAUGUUGUUAUGACGCUGUUAGUGCUGAUGAUUUGAUGGAUCACUUAAUAUGUAAUGGAAUCGAUAAAAGUUAUACAUGUUGGACAAUGCACGGGGAAGAAAAAAAGAAGUCCACUAAUUUGAGAGACGCGCCAACUCUUUUCGAAAAUGAUAAACAAGAGUUUGAUCGAGUCGAAGAAUUUGUGAAUUUAAUUGAAGAAGAUCUUCGUGAUUGUCCAGAAAUGUUUGAGAAAUUAGUAAGUGAUGCAAAGAAACCGUUGUACGAUGGAUGUACUAAAUUCACAAGAUUGUCCUCAGUAUUAAAAUUGUAUAAUUUAAAAGCCGGAAAUGGAUGGUCUGAUAAGAGUUUCACUGACUUGUUAACUUUGUUAAAAGAUAUUUUGCCUGAGAAUAAUGUGCUCCCAAGUAGAACUUACGAGGCUAAGAAAAUGUUAUGUUCUAUUGGCAUGAGUUAUGAAAAGAUACAUGCUUGUCCUAAUGAUUGCAUUUUAUUUCGAAAUGAGUAUACAUCAUUGGAUAUGUGUCCCAAAUGCAGUGCUCCGCGAUAUAAGAAAAAUAAAACAGCUCCAGCCAAAGUGUUAUGGUAUUUUCCAAUAAUCCCAAGAUUUAGGCGCAUGUAUAAUAACGCAGAAGAUGCAAAACAAUUUACAUGGCAUGCAGAUGAAAGAGUUAUGGAUGGGAUGCUUCGACAUCCUGCAGAUUCUCCUCAAUGGGCAAAAAUUGAUAAUGAUUACCCAUACUUUGGGAAAGAACCAAGAAACCUACGUCUUGCAUUGUCUACUGACGGAAUUAAUCCACAUGGUAUUCAGAGUAGUUCUCAUAGUACUUGGCCAGUGAUUAUGUUGAUUUAUAAUCUACCUCCAUGGCUAUGUAUGAAGCGCAAGUUUAUGAUGCUAACUAUGUUGAUUUCUGGGCCUAAGCAACCAGGAAAUGAUAUAGAUAUAUAUUUGGUUCCAUUAAUUGAAGAUUUAAUACUUAUGUGGGAGACAGGUGUAGAGGUAUAUGAUGGGUUUAAAAAAGAGCUCUUCACAUUGAGGGCUAUGUUAUUUGGAACAAUAAAUGAUUUUCCAGCCUAUGGAAAUCUAUCAGGAUAUAGUGUCAAGGGAAAAUGUGCAUGCCCCAUAUGUGAAGAUAAUACAAAUUGGACGCGAUUGGAGUAUUGUAUGAAGAAUGUAUUUCUUGGGCAUCGUAGAUUCUUAAAUACGAAACAUCGUUAUCGAAAGUGGAGAAAAUCAUUUAAUGGUAAAUCAGAAGAAGCUAUAGCUCCUGUAUCUUUGACGGGAGAUCAAUUACACGAAAAGGUAAAACUUUUGAGUAAUAAAUUUGGAAAGCCUUUUGCAGGGGAACUUGUCACAUGUGGAUGGAAAAAAAAAUCAAUUUUCUUUGAACUUCCAUAUUGGAAGUCAUUAUAUGUAAGACAUUUCCUUGAUGUCAUGCAUAUUGAAAAAAAUGUCUUCGAAAGUGUAAUAGGUACGUUACUCAAUGUGCCAGGAAAGUCUAAGGAUAACAUUAAUGCAAGGUUAGAUCUGCAAAGUAUGGGAUUAAGAAAAGAAUUGAAACCAGUUAAGAAGGGAAGUCGUACAUAUCUACCCCCGGCAGCUCAUACUCUAUCAAGAAAAGAAAAAAUUAUCUUAUGUAAGUUUCUUCAUGGAGUUAAAGUUCCAGAGGGGUACUCUUCAAACAUUAAGAGUUUGGUAUCUAUGAAGGAUCUUAAGUUAAAAGGUUUAAAAUCUCAUGAUUGUCAUGUGUUAAUGGAGAAUUUUCUGCCAAUAGGUAUACGUUCCAUUUUACCUGAAAAGGUGCGAUGUACCAUAACUAAACUAUGUUUCUUCUUCAAAGCUAUUUGUAGCAAAGUUAUUGAUCCUGAAAAGUUGCCACUAUUACAAAAGGAAAUUGUUGUGACCUUGUGCGAGCUUGAGAUGUAUUUUCCACCCUCGUUUUUUGAUAUAAUGGUUCAUUUAACAGUCCACCUUGUUAUGGAAACACAAUAUUGUGGACCAGCUUAUAUGAGGUGGAUGUACCCAAUCGAGCGUUACAUGAAAAUAUUAAAAAGCUAUGUGAAAAAUCGAAGUCGACCAGAGGGUUGCAUUGUUGAAAGGUAUAUAGUCGAAGAAUCCGUUGAGUUUUGUACUGAAUACCUCUCUAAUGUUGAAACCAUAGGGCUUCCAGUUUCACGACACUCAGGAAGAACAGUAGGUGAAGGGACUAGUGCAAGUAAAGUAGUGACCAUCUCGAACAUUGAAUUAGAGCAAGCACACUUAUAUGUUCUACACAAUGCCGAUGAGGUUGAGCUAUAUGUUGAAAAGCACAAGGAAGAACUUAAGAGUUUGAACCAUAACAAAAGUGAAAAUUGGUUAACUAAAGAACACAAUCGAAGUUUUAUAUCAUGGCUAAAAAAUCAUAUUUUUUUAGAAUUUGCUAGAAAACCCGAUUCAAUUUCUGAAAGAUUGAGAUGGCUAGCAAAUGGUCCAAAUGUAGAUGUUCUGUCUUAUUCUAGUUAUGUAAUUAAUAAUUAUACAUUUUUUACGAAAGAACGUGAUCUCCAAAGCACAAUGCAAAAUAGUGGUGUCACACUCGUAGCUCAAUCUAUGCAUAUAUCUAGUGCUAAAGACGUAAAUCCCUCAUUUUCCAAAUUAUCAUAUUUUGGGGUCAUUGAACAUAUUUGGGAGUUGGAUUACUCAUCCUUUCAAGUACCUGUGUUUGGUUGCAAGUGGGUUGAUAAUAACAAUGGCAUUCGAGUUGAUGAUUAUGGGUUCAUGAAGGUGGAUCUAACUAGAGUGGGAUAUAAAGAUGAGCCUUUUAUUUUAGCUUCACAAGCUCACCAAGUGUUUUAUGUCACUGAUCCUGCUGAUACAAAGUGGUCUAUUGUACUUUUAACUAACAAAGUAAAUGGUCAUUGCAAUCAAGAAUGUGAGGAUGAUCCUUUCAUUAAAACACCACAAUUCCUUGAGCAUGACCCAACUUUAGAUGAUACUAUCUAUAUGAGAAACGAUCACAAUGAAGGAAUUUGGAUCAAUCCAUCUUUUCGCGUAAUGCAAAAUCAUAAAACUCAGAAACCAACAAGGAAAAGGAAAAGAUUGACUUGA